AUGGCGCAAAAUCCUUACCUCCUCGCCUGCGACAAUCCUUCGGCUCUGCUGGAGCUACUGCGAUCAAACCCCACCAUUGCAUCCUGUCAAGAUGAAUCCGGCUACUCACUCCUACACGCUGCCGCGUCGUACGGCCAUACCGAUCUUUUACGCGCUCUUGUAAAGGAGUUCAAUGUGAACGUCAACCUCCUUGACGAAGAUGGCGAGACUUGUUUGUUCGUGACAGAGGAACUCAAUGUGGCCCGGUGCUUGGUUGAAGAGCUUGGAGUGGAUCACAAUAUGACAAAUGGGGAGGGCAUAAAAGCAUUUGAAAAGAUGGAAAUGGAGGAGGAGAACCCGAAGGUGUCUGCCUAUCUCCGUGAAGUUCUGGGUAUGCCCGCUGCUCCCACUACAGACUCGCCUGUCGGGCCAUUAAACGCCCCGCCACCGAUCCCUGGGAACAUGCAGGUUAAUAUCGGUACCAUGUCGGAGCAAGAAUUAAAUGCGGGCGAAGCUGAGGUGGAUCCUGAGUUCAAAAGGCGAAUUGAUGAACUGGCCGCCCGUGAGGACUUUGACAGCGAAGCCGCUCAGAAUGAGCUGCGUGAGCUUGUCAGAGAUGCCAUCGCGGGAUCAAGUAUGGAGACAUCCGGUCGGGAGACACGACAGAAGACAGAAUAG